UAUUAUAUAAAGUUAUAGCCUUUCAAGUUCUGCUGGUACCGGGAAGGAGAAAAUCAACUAAAAUCAGCACACCUUGUUGGCUUCCUAUACUUCUGAAGAAAAUUUUCAUCAAGAUAUGGGGAUUCUGGGGGCAGAGGAGAGCGUAAGGAUGGAGUUGGAGGAGCUCCGCCGCAUGUUGGUGGCGUGUGCGGGCCUGCAAAGGAGGAAAGACGACGAAGAGUUCAAAGGGGUUCGUAUUUCAGCCAAAGGCAUCGACACCGAUGAUGCAGAGAGGUUGGUGUGUGUCACCAGCGGCGUUUCUUAUUUGGGCCUCGCUAUAGUGAACAAGCUCUUGCUUCGUGGCUACUCUGUUCGGAUCAUUGUUGAAAGCGAAGAGGAUAUUAAUAAAUUGAGGGAGAUGGAAAGUUCAGGAGAGAUGAGGACAAGUAACAAUAAUGUUUCAGUAGUUAUGGCGAAGCUAACAGAUAUUGAAAGCUUACAAGAAGCCUUUCAGGGUUGUCGUGGCGUAUUUCACACCUCUGCAUUCAUCGACCCCGCCGGCCUUUCUGGGUAUACGAAAUCCAUGGCUGAGAUCGAAGUGAAGGCCAGUGAAGCUGUGAUGAGAGCAUGUGCGAGAACACCAUCAGUAAGAAAAUGUGUGCUCACAUCCUCACUUUUAGCUUGCAUCUGGCGGGACAGCAGCCAAUAUGAUAUCUCCUCCUCUGUAAUCAACCAUGGCUGCUGGAGUGAUGAGUCACUCUGCAUAGACAAAAAGCUGUGGUAUGCUUUGGGCAAGCUGAGGGCAGAGAGGGUUGCAUGGAGAAUAGCCAAGGAGACCAGGUUGAAAUUGGCCACCAUAUGCCCAGGUCUCAUCACCGGCCCUGAAUUCUGUGAUCGAAAUACAAUGGCCACAAUUGCUUAUCUUAAAGGAGCGCAAGAGAUGUAUGCAAACGGGUUGCUAGCAACCGUCGAUGUAAACAAAUUGGCAGGGGCAGAAGUAUGUGUUUUUGAGGCAAUGGACAGGAAUGCAGCAGGCAGAUACGUUUGCUUUGAUGAAGUUAUUGAAAGGGAUGAAGCAGAAACGUUAGCUCGAGAACUGGGAAUGCCAACAAACAAGAUUUGCGGGAAUGAAUCUGAGGGUGUUCAGGCUCGGUUUCGGUUGUCUAAUGAGAAGCUUUCGAGCCUCAUGACAAGAACACUCCGAUAUUGUUACGGUGAAUGUUAGAGAUGGAAUCAGGACUUUUAUGUCACCCCUCUCACUCAUCCUGUUUUUCUCUAGAUUAUUAUAUUCAUGCAUGUUAACGCCACGUUUAGGGAGAGAAAAUGAAAGUUGAUCAUAGUUUUGCAAA